AUGCGUGCUCCGAUCUCCGGACUUUUCUCGAGAUCCAUCGGCUUCCUCAACCGUAAGGCGCCUCUAAUCUCCGGUACUCGCUACCUAUGCGCGUUCGCUUCUCCAGAGGCUAGGACGAAGAAGCUCGAGCGGAUCGCCGACGACUUGCUCAAACUGAACAGGAUCGAGCUAUACGACUACUCGAUCCUCUUCAGCCAUAAAAUCGGCCUGAAUCGGUACGGUUCCGCCGUGUCUGUCGCCGCCGGAGCUGGGGGAGAUGCCGACGCAUCUGGCUCUACGGAGACCAAAGCGGCGGAGAAGACUGCGUUCGAUGUGAAGCUGGAGAAAUUCGAAGCGGCUUCGAAGAUCAAGGUCAUAAAGGAGAUAAGAGCGUUCACGGAGCUGGGAUUGAAAGAAGCCAAGGAGCUGGUUGAGAAAGCUCCAGUUGUCGUGAAGAAAGGUAUCACUAAGGAAGAAGCUGAUAAGAUCAUGGAGAAACUCAAAGCGGUAGGUGCUACUGUAGCUUUGGAAUGA